AUGGAGAUCGAGGACAGCAGCAGCAGCCCGCUGGUGGCGCUGGACGCGUCCCGGACGUUCGUGCCUGCUGCGCCUGUCUCCGCGUCGCGGGUGGAGCAGCACAAACUCGAAAGGCCCUAUUGGAUUCGGGGACAGUACUUGGAAGAUGGAAUUGGAGAUGUUUCCUCUCAGUCGUUUUCCGAUGCAAUUUCCAACGCCAUAGGCCACUUGGGGGCCCUCGCCAGCAGCGCGCGCGAGGUGUGGGGCCCCCGGAGGGGGCCCCCCCCCAGCAGCGUGGUUUGCUUCCACGAGGGGGACCCUGGGGACCGCAGCGACUGCCACGAGUUUGCUGCUGCUGCUGCUGCAGCGGGGGGCCCCCCGCUGCUGCCCGCUGCCCACCAGGUGGAAACUGCUGCUGUGCACAGCGGCUGGAGCGGGGCCUCCCAUCUGCUGCUCUUCGACAAGUCUAAAGCUCCUUUUCUUUUUCCUUUUUUGGAAAACAACUUUUCUUUUGGACUUCCCCCCGGGGAGGCCCGCUGGCGCGGCCGCUGGCUCGUCAAACCCACCCGAGACCCUGCUGCUCGCCCAGCAGCAGCAGCAGCAGCAGCAGCAGCAGCAGCGGGAGGCGCAGCAGCAGCGGCAGGCACAGCUGCUGCAGCUGCAGCUUUGUGUAGUGCAAACGAGAAGAGAAGCAAAAAAGAAAAAAAGAAAAAAGGAAAAGAAAGAAAAGAAAGGAUGAAUGAGAGAAAAGACUUUUAA